GAGGUGGAACCCAAAUUAAAAUAUGAAAGAAUAUCCAAUGAUGUCAACAAUAUACUCAGCAAAGAUGCUGCCAGUUGUCUCUCUGUCCACCCCAAAUUUCUAGCUCUGGGUACUCACUGGGGUAUGAUACAUAUAUUAGAUCAUAUUGGUAAUAAUGUAAAAGGAAAAGAAGUUCAAGCACAUACAACUACAGUGAACCAGAUAAGUAUAGAUGAUCGUGGUGAUUAUAUAGCUAGUUGUUCUGAUGAUGGCAGGGUGACAAUUACAGGCUUAUAUACAGCAGAUAACAACCAAUCAUUGGCUUUAGAUCGUCCUGUAAAGGCUGUGGCAUUAGAUCCUUUCUUUUUUAAAUCAGGUCGUGGGAGACAUUUUGUCACAGGAGAUGAAAAGCUGAUUAUGAAUGAGAAGGGGUUUUUGAAUCGACAUAAAACCUAUAUAUUGCAUCAAGGAGAAGGACCUAUUAGAAAUAUUAAAUGGAAGUCAGAUUUUAUAGCUUGGUCUAAUGAACAGGGUGUAAAAGUGUAUGAUAUGAGUAGUAAAUCCAGAAUAACACACAUUACCAAGGAUCAUGAUUAUCGUCCAGAAAUGUUUGGUUGUCAUUUAUUUUGGAAAGAUGAUAGAACUCUUCUUAUUGGAUGGGGAGAUAGGAUUAAGAUAUGUGUAGUAAGAGACCAAGUUAAGAAAGAUGCCAGAGAAUUACCAACCAGAUAUGUUGAAAUUGUGUGUAUGUUUACUACAGAGUUUUAUAUUUGUGGUAUCGCUCCACUAGAAGAUAAUAUUGUUGUUUUAACAUACGAAAAGGAGUCACAACAAGAAGAGGUAGGCAGAGCUGUAGCUGCUCGUCCUCAUCUACAAAUUCUAGAACCUCAUAUGGAAUAUUAUGAAGAAAUAUCUAAUGAUGCUCUAUCAAUACGAGGUUUUACUGAAUAUCGGUGUAAUGACUAUAAUUUAGAAUGUAUCCCAGAAGAAAACUUAUUUUAUAUACUCAGUCCUAAAGAUAUUGUUGUUGCUAAGUUACGAGAUUUAGAUGAUAAUAUAACAUGGCUUCUGGAACACGAAAUGUUUGAGGAAGCAAUGGCAGCAGCAACCCAACAUGAAAAAGAAUUAAAGAAACACACUUAUCAGGGUAUAGGACAGGAAUAUCUUCAUUAUUUACUAGAAGAAGAACAAUAUGAUGAAGCUGGUGUGUUAUGUAUUAAAAUAUUGGGGAAGAAAAAAGAUUUGUGGGAAGAUCAGGUUUAUAAAUUUGCGAAAAUAAAACAGCUAAAGGCUAUUGCUCCCUAUUUACCACGAGGUGAUCCUAAAUUAUCUCCUGCUAUCUAUGAAAUGGUUUUAAAUGAAUUUCUUCAAACAGAUUAUGAGGUAUUUUAUAAGUUGAUAAAGGAAUGGCCUCAAGAUCUAUAUAACCUAGAAACAAUAGAGAAUGCUAGCUUCACUCUGUCUGAUUGGUGUCUGAUUGUUAAAUUUAGAAUUUUAUCAAUCGUAUUUAAAAAAAGAAACAAUACUUUAAACCCAUUGAUACAUAAGACUUCUUUCACUAUGAUUUCUUUUAGACUUCAACAUAAAGACGUUUUCCAGCUGAUAAAAAAACAUAAUUUAUUUGACUCAAUCAAUGACAAGAUCGUCCAGCUAAUGCAUUUUGAUCAGGAUCAGGCUGUUAAAAUGUUACUGGAUAACAUGGAUAAAAUACCUGUUGAAAAAGUUGUACAUCAAUUAGAUUUAACUCCCAGACAUCUUCAUGCUUAUUUAGAUCAGUUGAUACAGAAAGAUAACCAAGCAUCCCAACCCUAUCAUGGCAGAAUGGUCAAACUUUAUGCUGAAUUCGACCAACCAAAAUUAUUGUCGUUUUUAAGAACGAGUCAAUCAUACCCACUACAGAUGGCUAUGGAUGAAUGUCAGACCAGGGAUCUUGUGAAAGAACAAGUUUUUCUACUUGGUCGUAUGGGCAAUACAAAACAAGCAUUACAGUUAAUAAUGGAACGUGUACAAGAUGUCAAUCAUGCUAUAGAAUUCUGUAAGGAACAGAUGGAUGAAGAAUUGUGGGAAGAUUUAUUGGAUUAUUCCAUGUCAAAACCUCAUUUUAUGACAGCACUGUUACAGAAUGUGGGAUCUCACAUUGAUCCUAUAAAAGUUAUUACUAGAAUCAAAAAAGGUAUUGAGAUUCCAGAAUUACGAGAUUCACUAGUCAAGAUAUUACAAGACUACAAUUUACAGAUUUCCCUGAGAGAAGGAUGUAAAAAGAUUCUAGUAGCUGAUAGUUUUAAUUUAAUGGAAAGAUUGAUCAAUACUCAGAAAAAAGGAGUAUUUGUUGAGGAAUCGACAGUUUGUCCAAUUUGUCAUCAAAGUUUGAUUAUUAAUGAUCUACGUUAUGCCAGUAAUUUAGCUGUGUUUUAUUGUCAUCAUGCCUUUCAUGAAGAUUGUUUACCACCAAAUAUUACUAACUGUAAUAUUUGUCACAGUCAAAAGCGAGGCCCAGGUUCAAAAGAACAUUUCAUCAAGUAA